AUGUCUCUCCGACCAGGCCUCCUCCCGCAACUGGCGCGAAUCGCGCGUCCUACAGUCCAGAAGCGCGGCUUCCAUUUCCUUCAGGAGACCCGCGCGGCCCGCCCCGCUAACCCGUUCAAGCGGGUGAACGACACUCACGCUGUAACUCGUGCCGCGCCGGCCCGCAAGAACAACAGCACUCUCCUGUACUCGAUUGGCCUGGGACUCGCCGGAUUCGCGCUCACGACCCGUACCGUCCGCUGUGACGGCACAAACAUCAAACCCGCGCGUGCUGGUCCCGCCGAGCUGCCGAUUCCCCAGACCGCCGCUGACCCGCCCGCCGAGAGCAUCGUCUCGCUGCCCACACUCACGUUUGGCGCUCUCACGGGUAUCUGCGCUGGCGUAUUCGUCAAGAAGGGGUUCAAGCUCGUCGCGUUCCUCCUCGGUGGCGUGUUUGUGCUCCUCCAGUACCUCCAGUCUAAGAGAUACGUGACUGUCGACUGGAACGCAGUUUCCAAGAGCUACGACGGCACGUUUGCGAACACGGACGAGAAUGGCCAAGUCGUGUACCCCACGGCGCAGGGCCUGCUGAACGGCUUCAUCGACUUCCUGACGGCCAACUUCCAGCAGCGCGCGACGUUUGUUGCGGGCUUCCUCCUUGGCCUGCGUGUCGGGUAG